GUAACGACAGCCAUGAGUUGAACCAUCCCCCAUCUAUGAAGUGUGCCUGAAAGCAUCGCAGCUCCCCCUUGCUGCAUACACCGUGAUCCGUGGAUGCUGAUAGACACACACAGGAGCGGGGUCACCUUCGGUCUUUGCAUCGGAGAGAGGAGAAUCCCUCAGAAUACGACACUGAAAUCUAACAUCAUAUUCCUGGUGGUUGUCCACAAAGUGAGAAGAGCGCAGCCUUCCUGGGGGUGUAUGGAAACCUGAUUUCUCCUCAGGUGCAGAAGUGCAUGAGGAACUUGGCCUUGCAGUUGCCGCUUUCAGCCUUCAGCCAGUGUCGCUCCAUCCAGGAAAAUGUCCAGUUCAUACGAUGAAUCUGCUGGUGUCGAUGAGACGAUGGACAGCUUUUGGGAGGUGGGAAACUACAAGCGUGCCGUCAAACGGAUCGAUGAUGGCCACCGACUUUGCAAUGACCUCAUGGGCUGCCUUCAGGAACGUGCCAAGAUCGAGAAGGCCUAUAGUCAACAGCUGACCGACUGGUCUAAGAGAUGGAGACAGCUCAUCGAGAAAGGGCCUCAGUAUGGCUCGGUAGAACGGGCCUGGCUGGCCGUCAUGACGGAGGCCGAAAAGGUUGGUGACCUGCACCAGGAGGUAAAGAAUGGCCUGCUGAACGAGGAUGUGGAGAAGGUCAAGAACUGGCAGAAAGAAGCCUUCCACAAGCAGAUGAUGGGAGGCUUCAAGGAAACCAAAGAAGCAGAGGAAGGCUUCAAGAAGGCCCAGAAGCCAUGGGCCAAGAAGUUCAAAGAGAUGGAAACCGCUAAGAAGACCUACCACAUGGCCUGCAAGGAGGAGAAGCUGGCUGCCACUCGGGAAGCCAACUGCAAGGCGGAGGCCUCAGUCACUCCCGACCAGCAGAAGAAGCUCCACGAGAAGGUGGAGAAGUGUAAACAGGAUGUGCAAAAGGCCAAGGAGAAGUAUGAUAAGUCCUUGGACGAGCUGAACAAGUGCACGCCUCAGUACAUGGAGCAGAUGGAACAGGUGUUUGACCAGUGUCAGCAGCAUGAGGUCAAGAGACUCAACUUCCUCAAAGAGGUGCUGCUGGACAUCAAGCGCCACCUCAACCUCACCGAGAACCAAAACUAUGCCACAGUGUAUCGGGAGCUUGAACGUACCAUACUGGCAGCCAAUUCGCAGGAGGACCUGAAGUGGUUCAGCAACAACCAUGGUCCAGGCAUGCACAUGAACUGGCCAGCGUUUGAGUUAACUGGGCCUUCACAGGAAUAUAAUCCAGACGCCACCAACGCUGUGGCUAAGAGGGAGAAGAAGAAGCCUGAUGGUGUUGCCCCAGCCACUCCGAGCACAGAACACGCUGGACAACCCGGAGACCGCGGCAGUGUCAGUAGCUAUGACAAGAACCAGGCCUACUCGACCGAGUGGUCCGAUGACGAACAGCCCAACGCGUACUCGGGCAACGAGACUAACGGGGGCGGCAACUCCUUCGAGGACGACUCUGGCAGCGCGCGAGGCGGAGGCAGCGUCGGUGGUGGCAUCGGUGGUGGCGGCGGCAGCGGUGUGCGCGUGCGAGCGCUCUACGACUAUGAUGGACAGGAGCAAGAUGAGCUGAGCUUCAAAGCAGGCGAUGAACUCACCAAGAUCGAAGAAGAGGACGACCAGGGCUGGUGCAGAGGUCGCCUCGACAGCGGCCGAACAGGCUUGUACCCGGCCAACUACGUGGAGGAGAUGUAGUCCGCGACUGAGACAGUGCAAACCAUGGGGAGCCCGCUCAGAUUGUCCUUACAGAAGAGCACUGCGCCUAGCCAGAGACUUAGGAGCAACACAUGUCUUGCCCAAUCGAUGUGUGAAGCAGUUUCAUUCAAAAUCUUAGUAACCUAAACACAAAAAAAGUCUAACUAUCUAUACAGUAUAUAUUUAUCCACUGGGGGGAAUGCGCGCGGGAACGAAGGCAUUUAACCAAGUGUUCAUACUACUCACACAUUAAUAUACAUGCUACUUAAGCAGCUCCAUAGUACUGUUAUAUGAAUCCCACAAGCUGUGUGUUCCAAUUGGAUACACACAGCUCUCUGUAAGGGUUGAUGCAACAGUACAUUCUCUCACAGGUUAUCAUUAACUAUCACAAGCAACAUAGAGUAAUAGCAGCCGUAUACGUAACCCUAAUGUGAGCUACAGUGGAUGUGUAAGGAUUUCAGUGAUGACACAUAUCUUAUGUAGUCUCGCCCACGCAGUGGCAGCCCAUCUUCCAUAUGUUUCUAUUUUUAUUUUCCUAUUUUUUUUUCUUUCUUCUGUUCUCGUGUGGUGUUCCCUCACUGGUGAAACGUGUGUGUUGCAGUGCUGUUUUCUGUCUCUUAACACUGGAUUCUGGUUGCAUAGUAGCAUGCACUAUGCAAGAGAAUUGACUUGAAUCAUCAGGCCAUCAUCGCUUCAGGAUGCUAUGCUCACCACAUCCACAAACUCAGAUGGACGGGGGAGAGACGGACACAUAAACGAGACUGUAACUGAACCCUGAAAUCUUCAGGAAGUGGCAGGUGUGCAUAUUUCGUGGCAUUCGUGUCUCUGUAUGUCCUUUUAUCAUUUUCUAUAGACCCUUUCAACAAUAAAAACAAAAACAAUGCUUGAACAUUCUAUUUGGGCCCCAAUCUACUUCCUCUGCAUUAAGAUAACAUAUGGAAUGUUAAAAAGGAAGUCUUGUGGGGCCAACUAUGAUGCUGAUAAUGGAACUCUCUUGAAAGGGUCUAUAUGCAUAUCACUAUGAUCCAUGUCAAAGUAUGUAAAUGUUCGCAUAGUUUUAAUGCUAACAUUCCUGUAUUCAACUAAUAAGUGUUGGGACUACAAUAUCACAAACAUCUGAUCCAAUGGUACUACGCUACAAGAUGAACUUUUGAGGCUGUGAAACAGUAGUAUGGAUAUUUAGUUUGCCUAUUGCCUCCUAGGCACUGCUGAUGUGAUUGCUAACAGCAGUGCAUACUGUUAAUUGCAUGUUGAGGUGUUUCAGUGCUGUUUCGAGGUGCAAAGUUCAAGUCGUGGCUAAGUGUAUUAAAGUGGUAUCCUCCCUCAUCUUCAUCUGAUGAAUGUAGCCUGUUGUUGUCAGAGAGCAAUGCUACAAUAGCAUUCUGGACUGAUGGGACCAGGAGGCAACCUCAUCCACUGUGACUGAACACUGAAAAAAAGUUUUUUGUUUGUUUUUGUUUGUGUGUGUGUGUGUGUGUGUGUGAGAGAGAGUGUAUCAUAUGCAAGCGUGGCAUGUUGGUCUUGUCUUUUCAUUCCAUGUUCUCUCUUUUUUUUCUUUCUCUUUUUCCUUCUCGUUCUCUGUCGCUCCCGUCGUGAUGGCAGUGUUUGCUGAUGAUAUUUGCUUGGGUGUCAGUAGAGCACUUCACACACUCUCUGACAAGCUCUUGCUCCAUCAACACACACUUGAAACAGACCUCCUACUGAGCCACUGUAGUUUUAUGUGUUUUUUUUUUCUACCUUACAACUUACAACAACCAUAUGCAUCCGGUAUCACAAAGAUUAGCGCUGUUUCACGUGUAAUGUUUAGUAUAACACAGAGUGUGUUUCAGUGCACCAGAAUAUAACCUGGGAUUACGAAUCAGAUGCUCUUGUGUGAAAGCACAGCCACUGCUUCUACAAGAGUACUGUUUGUGGUUCAGUGGUAUCUAUAUACUGUAUAUCGGAGCUUUAAAUAUCUAGUUCUCUCCAAGCGCAUCCAGUACCUACACCUGUAACUUAGUAGCUAUGCUUCAAAUGAUGACCUGCAGUGACAGGUAAUGCUACUGUGACUGCGGUAAGAAAAAAAAAACUAAAGAAAAAAAACAAAGAGCGAUUUAUUUAAAUGCAACUACUCUCAUUGCCAAAAGUGAGAUUGAAAAACCUAAAUCGCAAAAAGUGUGGGGCCAAUGAUGAGAAGUCAUGCCGCCAAAACAAAGAAAAAGACAACAAAAACAAGAAGGAAUAUAUCAAGAAAACAAACCACAGAAAAAAAAGCUUGCUGGGGAAAUCGUGAGUGGUGUUGACUGGCGUGAGAAGUGAAAAGAAGGGAUUAGAAGGACUCGAGGAGACUGGAGGUAACUUGAGAAAGGCCCAUCACCAGCUCCCUGUGGUAUGUCUUAGGUCAUGCUGUCCAGCCUAGCAAAAAGAAUCCAUGACAUUUAUUGUUCAGAUAUCCCACGUCACCUGCACAGUAUAUAUAACACAUGCUGAAUAUGCAUACAGUGCUCACAUAUAUGGACAUACACACACACACACACACACACAUACACAUACACUCACAUAUUCAGAAAGACAUACAGGGCCAUGCACAAUGUCAAACUGUUACACAUGAAAACUCACUUACACACACAAACACACACACACACAAGCUGUUGGGGAAUAUUUUUGGGAUGAACAAACAUCUUUAUCAUAUCCAGUGUGUAUGAGUUGUGUUUAUGUAGACAUAAAAAAUAAAUUAAAAAAAUGCAAGUGAUUGAACACAGAUUUAAACAAUAGUGUCAUACUUGUAAAUGUUAUCAAAAAAUCAAUGAAAAAAGACAUACUGUAACAAUCAAUAGGCACCAUAUUGUAUUAAUUUCAUUUUGAUUGGAAUGGAAUUGUCUAUGUACCAUACCUGUAUAAACGCGUGUGGUUCACGCCGUCACAUUUGUAUAUGAUGAUGUAAUUUAAAGAUUAUAUUCUAUUGUAACUGUACAACUGUGUUGAGUAGAACAUGAUGACCUAUGUAAGUUGAAACAGUGAAGAAAAAGUGUACAUGUAAAUGCUUUUUUUUGUUUUUCUUCCUUAUGCACACUUAUGAACAGAUGACGGCUUAUGUUGUGAAAACUCUAUUUUAGCAGUCCUAGAAGAUGUAGGUAUGUUCAUAGUUAGUGAUGUAAUUUGAAUCUCCUAACUGGUGUAGUGCCUGUCCAUCUCAAUAUAACAUGACGUUCAUUUAAAUAUGCAUAAAGAUCAUGAUGAUUAUGAUUAUGAUGAUGAUUAAGGCAUCGGUGAUGAUGACUAUUAUAAUGAUGAUGAUAGUAACAAGCAACCUGGAUCUAAGUUGUUGUAGUGAUGUCAAUAUUGCAAUAUUGGUUUGAGAAGGAAAACAAGUUUGUUGAGAAAACAUGGGGUGUCAUGUUACCUGUGUGAUCAUGUCUACCCACCCA